AAAAACACCUCUAUGGUGCACUCCGCGCCAACGUGAGCUAAACAGUUUUGUAAUGAGCGUGCCACCAGCUCCAAUCUCACGGUCAGGCGUGAUGCAUCUGGCCAGAUAUUGCUGGCGUCACUAUAAAACUGCUCACUGGAUUCAUCAUGCCAUUUAGAGCACAUUUUUAUUGAUGACAUGUUUUGCAUAGGUGGUUCAUGAUCACAGCUAUUUCUCCACCAGUUUCCCAUGGCCUGGGAAGUGGGCAGGCUGUGAGCUGCGCGGCGGCCACCCUGCACAGGGCGGCGCCGCGCAGUCGUCUGAUGCUUGGCCCAGGGAGAGGUGCGUGUGCAGCUGUGUUGUGCUCAUUCAUUAACAGUGUAGUGUGAUGCUUUUUGGCUUGCUUCUAAGAUAAAAACAACAACAACACAAUGACAAUGUAAAAAGAAAUUCCAAAUACCGCAUAGACACGUUAGCGUGUGAGAUGGAUCAGAAGCUGUUGCAUCCAUGCCCAGCGUGUGUGGAGGUGAGGCACCAGCCCCAGCAGGCCAGCCCCCAGGUGUUGCGGGGGAUGUGAACACGCCGGGCGGUGAUCACGGCAGUCCAUUGUGCCCUGAUGGCGGUGAUCCGCUACCUGGUCUGGACGGUGUUGCUGGCGGCUCUCGCGAGGGCCACGACGGAGUGUCUGGACGAUCACCACUGCACGGUUGGGCUGAACCUUGGCCUGAUGAACCCUAACGAGACGCUGGGCUUCCUGGUGCCACAGCUGUGUUGUAGGGAGGUGCGGUACCCCUUCACCUUCCUGGCCCACUUCUUCAACAUCAGCGACUACACCGUAACCUUCCGCCUGCACGAGUACUACCUGCUCGACGUCGAGGUACGGGUGUGCCGAAGUGCUUUUUACGACACAUACGACGAUGACUACUACCACGCCGACGACGACGCCGUGCAGAGCUCUUGUGUGGACGACUACCCGUAUCGGUGCAUAACGAAUAGAGAGGUCCUCGCGGCGUCAAUCCUCCGCUACAGGACGUGGAGCGAGAGCGGCUACCUCAACAUUACCAUCCCCGUCAAGCCACGCCCGGUGCUUCAGGCUUUCGGUAACUUCACCCAGAGGCCCGCCUUCAAUAUUACAUACGAACGCCGACGACUUGGGGAGCCCGGACGUAUCGCUGACGAAGAAAACAUUGCCAACCUUGAUAUGUGCAGCUUCAAUGGCUACCCCGUGCUGACCCCUGUUGCCAAAGGAGAAAAACAUGUGUAUGUAUGUCAGUGUAACAACGACGCUAGUGGUGAAAAGUGCGAGUGGGGUGGAAGAUGUCAGCCUCACGACCUCACCAGCCCGUGCAGCGGCCAUGGCGAAUGCAGGUACUACAGAGGUGCUGUCAAAUGUACUUGUGAUGAGGACCACUUUGGAAACAGAUGUGAGCAUAAUGCGUCCAGUGCCCAGCCUUUCCAGCUAUCAGUCUGCAGGGAGAUGAACCUGGAGUGCAGCCACCUGUGUUCACUGGCUGGGCACCCACGCUGUCUGUGUCCCCCACACCUGGUGCUGCUCAACAAGACCCAUUGCACCCCUCGAGGUGAGCAGCUGGUGAACGUGACUGUGAAGCUUCUUGACGACCACCACCAUCACACCCUUGCAGAUCAGGUCUCAAAAAUACUUGAGAAAGUCUGCAUCAGUGUGAUGGAAGUCAGGUAUCACGAUAACAGCAAGGAGUUUCACUUCACAAUGAACAAGAAACAGCAAGACUUUCUCCCUGGCCUGAGUGACUGGAGCGCUGCACUCAACUCCUCUGUCACCAUCAACAUCACUAAGCAAGACAACAUAUGGCUUGGUCCACUCAACAAAACUGAGAGAGAUGGAAAGCUGAUGCUGCAGUGUACUGUCUUUGGAGCCUCUUUGCCCCUCAAUGUGUCCUGGUUCAUUGGGCAGCAUCAAAUAUACACCCUUGAAGUAAAUUCGUGUGAAGGAUCUAAAGUUGACAGUGUAAUAACAGUUGAGUUCAUGGAGCAGAGUCUCACCAAAUGCCCCAAUGACACCAGGUGUAUGGAUGACACCAGAACCUGCUUCAGUGAAACCAGCUGCACCAUGAAGCUAUUGGCAGACAAGUACAACCCUGACCUGGACAGGGGAGACUUCAGAGUGGUGGUCAGCCAAGGCGACACCAAUGCUGCACAAAGAGUGGUGGUGGAUUCAAACCCUCAGGCGGUGGUGAUGGUGACACCAUUCAGUGUGUCUAUGUACAAGAAUGGCAGCACCACUCUCCAUUGUACCAUCAGUGGAGACUGGAAAUGGAAUAAAGACUGUGAGAUCAAGUGGAUCUUCCCAGUGGACAGUGCUGUCUUUGUUGUGGAAACACCUAAGUGGAAUGUAUCACAUUUGAACAUCAACCACCUUAAACAGUCAAUCAGCGUUACUUGUGAAGUGACAUUUUGGGAAUUCUGUGACGACCGGAGAAGCAGGACACAGAGUGUGUGUGUGGCUCCUGGGUGCAACUCAGACAUGGCUGAUGUGUACUACCUUGAGACUGGGAUGCUACUCUGCCCUGAACAGAUGGAUGGCACUGUAUUUUGGCACACAACUCCAGUGGGCAAAACAGCCUUCGCUAACUGUUCUCAGGGGUUUGAAGGGGUCAGCAGAAGGGAAUGCAAGCAAGACUACAACAAUACUGCUGUCUGGGCUGAGGCAGAUUACUACGGAUGUGUUUAUCAACCUUUUCAUAACCUAAUACAAAGAACCCCGAUGCUCUACCUGAAGAAAGGCUUUCAUGUUGCCAUGGACCCCAACAUUAUCAUGGAGGAGCUGGGGCAGCUGUUUGGGGCAAGGGAAGAAAAGUUGAACCCUUGGGAACACACACUCAUCCAGGAACAAGUGAAGUAUUUGUUUAGGCUCAGCGCCCCUCCUGUGGACUCCCAGGUGUUCUUGGGUUUGCUUGACCAAAUCUGGAACAAAACAGCAAUAAAUGACACAUGGCAGCUGGAACCACUGAUAAGAAUGUACCUAAGUCUUGAGAUGGAUGUAAGAGGACCCAGUGAACUGGAUGACUUGUCUUUGUGGCGAACGGACAUCCCAGCCCAGCAGGAGGUGGCAAACAUCACCAUAGAAUAUUCUGAAGGACACCCAAAGAAGAGAUUGCACCUGAAAGUGGUGAUGCCACAAGGAGACAGAAAGAGGGUGCGUGUCGGUGCCUUUGUGUUCUUGGACCCGAAGAGAAUCCCUGUUGGGAGGAUGAACAACACUAACACUACCAGUGGAUGGGUGUUUGACCACAACCUGAGUGGCCCAGUGGUGGAGGUGGUGGUGAUGGUACCCACAGAGGAGAAUGUGACUGCGUUCACUGAAAACUUCACUUUGAACUGGUCCUACUUUGACCCAAAUGUUACUACAGACAGGAAUGAGAAAUGUGGUGGUGCUAAGGUGCCGACUUCAGUGGGUGAGCCUGUCUUGUGGAACCUGGGCAGGUGCAACACGCUGGGUGGCCAGACUCACAGGGGGAGGAGGGCCAUCAAAUGCCACUGUCAGGGCCCAGGGCUGUUUGCUGUCAUCAAGGUUCCAGAGAUGCAGACUUCUGAGUCCGCCCUGAAGAGGCCAUUGGUGGUGACUCUGACAUGCUGCAUAGUUGUCCUGGUGCUGGUGCUGUGUAUCUUGUGGCUGUCUUCAGUGCCACCUGUGCCUGCUUUUAGGCGAAGGUUUUUGUUGGGACAGUGUAAUGCUUGCAGCACAUUGCUCACUCAUCUGAAAAGCAGAAUAACUCACUGCAUACCUUGCUGUGCUGCAAAUCUUGAAAACACUGCAGAUCCGAAUGAUAAAGGAAUAACUAUUGAGCUCAUGGAGGGUCUACCUUCUUGUUCCAAAGGGUCCUCUAGAGAUAGUACUCUUAGAAGAAGAACUAUGGAACCCUGCCCAGACCCAUCUUCAUUAAGACUGAUUACAGAGGACAGGUGUCAAGUGUCACCUGAUACUAGAAGUGAGUGCAAAGAUUACCUGGACAUGAAUCAGCUACCCUUGGCAAACCACUGGUAUGGAAAUAUUUUUGGUCUUUCAGAAGCAGAACAAGUGAAAAGAUGGGGUUCAAAUUUCUUACUUGAAAGUGAGUAUCUAGAUGCAAGUGGCAUUCAACUCAUUCCUUUUGUCAAGGACAGUGAGUCAGACCCAGAUGAGAGCCAGAGUUGAAAGUUAAAAGAGUUGUCACUAAAGAAAGCUUUGGCACGUGGUACAAAUUAUUGUUGUGUGUGGCUUAAAGUCCCUUGUGUGUGUGUGUGUGAAUGUGUGAAUGUGUGUGUGUGUGUGUUUUUAUUGUUUGUUUAUAGGAAAUUCUAUUAAGUUUUAAUAGGUUUUGUUCUUUUGCUAGAAUAGGAACCUGUUCAUUUACUUACAGAUCUUCAGUACUCAACAAUAUUGUUAAGUGUUUAAGUUGAUAUUAUAUAAUUUUGUAGAAUGAAUAUCAAAGUUGUAAAGAAUUAUUUGUAUAAGGACAUUACAAAUAUAUGUACAAAUAGAUUCCAUAUAAGGCGUGUGGCUGUGCAUCCCUCAGAAAUGUGAGUGUGACAAAUACACCGAAGGAAAUUAUGUACAAAGGUAUAAGGAGAAACUGAAUCAUUUUUAAACAGUUUGGUUGAUUGCCCCAGACAGCCUUGUUGUGGAGGUUGAGUUGCUGGAAACAGAAGUUGUGUGUUCCUGGGCCACUUGCACCAGUGGGUGAGCUGUGUCUGUCGUGUAUGAUUGGAAAUGUGAUCUUUAUAAAUGAAAGGGGAGAGAUAUGUUGUUAUUUUGUGAUGAACAUUGAGUGUCCUGUAAAGGUAAAAUGGGAAGAUUUUUUCAUGUGUGUGUGUGGAAGAUUAUUUGAUCAACCAUUAUCAGGGUGCUGUAAAUGGAGUGCAUUGAGUUGGUUUUCUCUGUUAUGUGUCUGAAGUGAGUGACUAAUAUUUAUUCAACAGUUGAUGUUAUAAAUAGAGGUGACAGAAUACUCCAUUCUUUGUUGAUUUUUUUUUUUUUUUUUUUUUUUUUUAUUGAAUAUCCUAAACACAUUGUAUGUGUUUAUCAUUUUGUUAGCUUUUUUUUAUAGUAUGCAUGUUUAUGAGUUGGAAUAACAUCAUAAAAAUCAGGAAAAAAAAUGAGCAUUAAACAAAGACCAUUGAGCUAUAAGGGCAAAAGAAUGUUGAUAUAUUUUUUUAUUGCUUGUCUUCAUCUUUACUUUAUGUUUGGUUAAAUCUUUUGACAAGAAUGAACAUAACAGAUGGGAGACGUGGUAUUACACGUUUUCUUUUUCCUCAUGAUAAUUAUACAGUUGAGAUAAAUGAGGAAACAAAAGCUGGACAGAGCAUGGCUAAGGUAGGAUUAUAAGUUGUGUGGUAGUUGAAGAAGAAUGGUUUGGUUGCACAAAGAAGAUAAGUACAACAAAAAUGGUGAUGGAAUUAUAUGAAUAGAUUGUGGAAUAUCAGUCACAUGAUGAGGUGAAUUAUGGGCAUUAUAUAAUUAGAUUAGAUGUGAAAUAUGCUUCAAUAGCAUGGUGGCAGACAUGAUUAUGAUCAUGGCAAUAGUAGCAGGAAUGCAUAAAUAAGUGGUGGAAGAAGAUAAAGAAAAGGAUCUCUACAGUGGUAUGAGCAGAUGGCAGGACUAUUUUUUUGGAACCAUUUAAUGUAUUUUGUGCAGGCAAAUAGUACUUCUCUGCACCUAAUUAAAGAUUCAUUACUCUUAAUUUAAAUUAAAUCAUCAGAUAUAAUAUAUUUGCAGUGUUAUUCAUAAAUUCUUUGAGAUUUAUUAUUUAAGAGAUGUAAGAUGAAGCUUUCAACAUCUCAUGUGAUUUAUUACAGGAGGAAAAGAUCAUUUUCAUGGCCUUACAAUGAAUAGCUUUGUUAUGUCUUAACCAAAUAAGAUGACAAAAAAUUCCCUUCAUUUUACUUAUUUAGGCUGGUAGACAGCAGUGCAAACUUUGAAGUCUCAUCUCAUUUAUUUCAUUGUCUUAUUGUUGCCCUAUUAAUUUCAUUGUCAAACUUCCUGUGGCUCUGUUUAAACUCAUUCCAUUUGUAACUAGUCAGUGAAUAACAUAACAUUCAAAGUAGAUUUGCAGUUUUGCAUCUUCAUAUGUUUUAAGAAAUUUGCCUGACAUGUUAAGCUAAUAGGCUAAUAUUAGUUUUUUUUUUUCUGAUAUGGUUUUCUUUCUUCCAGUAUAGACUAAACUUUGAUGCAGUACAUGAAAUAAUUACUAGGAGUUUAAUGUCUCAGCUCUGUCACAUGUAUUUAGUUGUAGUAUUUUCUGAUCCAGAUCUGCUCUUGGCUGUACAGUAAUACAUUAUGUCACCCAGUAAUAUAUUACAAGCUUUUGAAGUGUAACAUCUAAAGCAUUAUUACUGAUGUUUGUGCAGAUCAUUGACAGUACAAUUUCCGUUGUUACAUACACUUUCACAGUUAUCAUGAAUAGUUUAAACAGUGAAAUCCCAAUAGUAAAUGCUGAGGUACCAUUGUAAGUCAUCUUUUUCUUUUAUGGAACCAUUGGUGGUGUCAAUGAUUGUGUUGGAAUAAAGUGUAUUGAAUAGAAAUGUUUGUCUAACAAGUGUCAUUAUGUCAUCAGUCUUUAUAAAUCCUCAUUGUAAUUCUUUAAUCUGGCUGACUCCAGAGUUAUUUUUACUUGUAGCAUGGUUUUUGAGUAUCUUAGCAUUAAUUUUACCUGUAUGUGGAAUAAUAAUGUAUGUAUUUAUGUGAAGAUUAAAUAAAUAUUUUAACUCUUCAGGGUUCUUGGUAUUAAGGGAAAUUGUGAAAACAUUGUAAUGGUCUAUAAUGGCUGAUCAAAGUAUGAACGCUGUGAAUAUGCAGGAAUCUGAAUGGAAGAUUUGGAAUGUCUAGCAUGAAAAAAGAAAAUUACAAAAGAUUGAAGAACAGUGCAAACAUGGAGGUUCAUGAUGGUGUAAGAAAAAAAUAUGUUCAAAACUAGAAUCACAUGUUUGGUUGAGUGACAAUUAUGCCACUACAUUGACUACAAGAUGGUACUGCCCUCCAAUCAAUAUUGCUCCCUAAAAUUUUGAGAUUUAUGAUACUACACAAACACACCUACCCAGCAUUGACAGACCUGCUCUUAUAGUUGAACCCCCAGAUAUUGCAAUACCUGCCUCAAGGUUGGCCACACACACUUGAAUGUCCACCUACACCAAUUCAAGACCUACACUGUCCAUGGUGCCCCCCACAUCCUGACAUACCAGAACACCUCCUCCUGCACUGCACAAGAUUCCGCUAUCUACACCACCUUCAAAGCCUCCCUGACCAAGUUUCAUAUUCACAGACUAACAGUAGGAGACCAAAUGGGCAAUGACUCUCUCAAUCCUGGCAUCGCCUUCAAGCAAAUAAAUGUCUAGCCCCACUGAACAAGUACAUCAUCACAUCACCCUUGAGCAACCUGCACCUUUGGGGCAGCCGUGGAUCCUUUGUCUUCCCAGUCUUGUAAUACACUGAAGAAAAGGGAAAAAGAGAGAUCAUGGAGCCCCAGAGGAGGUUGAGGAUGUAGGUUUGGGGAGGGUAUGUGAAGGAAGGCACAAGGCCUCUGACGGUUAAGUUUCAGACACAAAGCAAGCAUGGUUAAUGACAUAAUGGUAGUAACUUGGAAACCAGCAGGCAGGGAGGGAUUCAUUUAGGAAUGCAACCCAGUCAAACAGUGAGGUUUCCUGUAAUGUAUCUCUGAGGAUCAAGAUAGUAAGAAUUCAGAAGUGAAUUUUUGUUACAUUCAGGUUGAUAGGUGAUCAUCAGGACAGCCUGUGGGUUGUCUUUGGCCACUUGAUGAUGGCUGAAAAGUGUCAGCAAGACUUGAAUGUGGGUCUCAGGAUCAACACACUAGCAUGGGGACCACUCAGCCUAUGCCUCCCCAUAAUUUCACAUUCUUGGACUCAAUCCCAUAGUAUUCCAGGUGGUGAAUAAAACACUACCUUUAAAAAACACUUGUACAUUUAUUUUGAGAUAAAAAGUAAUGGCUCAUUCUUUCCCUUAAUAGCUCUCAAUUUUUUUAUGAACGACUGAAUUCUUUGGCUUUUGUACUAAUGAAAAAUGAACUGCUAUUUCAUUAUAAAAAAAAAAAAAAAAAUGGAUGAAGGGCAAAUAUAAAUUAUAGCUAACAUGAUACUUGUCUAUCCUCAAAAUCCCUAAAUAGUGUUGGCUAAAGAAAAAAAUAAAGUGGUGAAGCAGCUUAACUCACAUUCAUAUCAGGAAACAUUCACCACCUGUGACACAUGAGAACACACACAUCAAGUUCAUAUCCAUCACCACAACUCACAUCAACCUCUAUUUAUUCCUUAUAAUGACAAGUUGAGAAAAAUAAUUAUACUCCGAGACCUUUAUAAACUGGUUACUGAGCUAAUGGAAUGAACCCCUCAAUUAUCUCUCUCUCUCUCUCUCUCUCUCUCUCUCUCUCUCUCUCUCUCUCUCUCUCUCUCUCUCUCUCUCUCUCUCUCUCU